AACCAGGAAGAUGGAGCUGCAGUCGAACAAAUGGAUGAUUAAUUUGCUAGUUUGUUGCUUUUUCAUCGGCGUCAGCUGUAAUUCAGUGGAAAAGAAGAUUUAUAUACACCUCAACUACACUGUCCCGUGUGUUCGACUUCUCAACGCAACACAUCAAAUAGGAUGCCAGUCCUCUUUGUCCGGUGAUGUGGGUGUGCUCCAUGUACUCGAGUCAGAGGAAAACCUAGACUGGGUCCUGCGCACCGGUCGCAAUCCUCCUUACCUGGUUAUCCUGGAGUACCCGCUCUUCACCAGGUCCGUCAUGAUGAAGCUGAAGAACGGCUCCAGCAGGGUGGCAGGCGUUGCUGUGGUGGCACCAAAUACAAACCCGCCAGAGGGCUUCUCGCCGCACACCUCCUGUCCCAACGAGAACACAGGUGUGUACACAGAUUCCUACGAUCCCGCCCUGGCUCACUGUAACGGGACGGUGUGGAACCCUUUGGGAAACGGAUUGUCCUACGAGGAGUACGACUUCCCCAUAUUCUCCCUGAAAGACGACAAUGACACUCGGGUCAUCCGGCAGUGCUACUUCGAUCAUAACCGUGCAGUGAACGGCAGCACUCCUCAGUACCCGCUGUGUGCCAUGCAGCUCUACUCCCACAUGUCCGCCGUCACCGACACGGCCACCUGCAUGAGGAGGAACGACCUCAACUUCAGCAUCAGCCCGGAGAUGGUGUGUGACCCACUGGGUGACUAUAAUGUUUGGGCCUCCACCAGGCCUCUCAACAACACAGUCAAGGGCCACAAGAUGUGGGAGAGUGUGGUCAUAGCAGCAGCCAGGUUGGACAGCAGGUCUUUUUUCUUCGACAUCGCUCCAGGAGCAGAAAGCGGCGUCUCCGGGUUCGUCACUCUGCUCGCGGCCGCUCACGCUCUGAAGAACGUCACCCAGGAGGCCCCGCCAAACCGCACCAUCCUCUACACCUUCUUUCAGGGGGAAACCUUCGACUACAUUGGCAGUUCGAGGCUGGUGUAUGAUAUGCAGAACAACCAGUUCACAGUGGACCUGGACAAUGUCCACUCAGUAGUGGAGGUUGGACAGGUCGGACUCCGCGCUGACUCAAAGCUCUGGCUUCACUCUGAUCCUGUGUCGAGGAAGAACAGCAGCGUCAAUGAGGAGGUGAUGAAGCUAAUCGAUAACUUUCAGUCGGCUGCUGCGGGUGGAAGGGUCUCGGUGGAAGAGCCGGGUUUCUCUCAGCCCCUCCCGCCCUCGUCCUUCCAACGUUUCCUCCGAGCUCGACCAAUCCCUGGCGUCGUCAUUGAGGAUCAUCAGUCCGCUUUCACCAACAGGUUCUAUGAAAGCAUGUACGAUACUGCAGAGUACCUGAACAUUUCCUACCCGUCCCACCUGACGGCAGAGGAGCAGCUGGAGUUUGUCACUGACACGGCACAGGCUCUGACGGAUGUGGCCACCCUGGUAGCUCGGGCUCUCUACAUGCAGGCCGGAGGACUAGAAUCUCAGCUCAGCAGCAUCAGAGCAGACCCUCAAAUAGUGACCGGGAUGCUGUAUGGUUUUCUUGUUCGGUCGAAUAACUCCUGGUUCCAACAGAUUGUCCCCUCUGACCUCAUGAGCCAUCUAGCUGACAGGCCGACAAACUUCUAUGUCGGCGUCCACCAGCAGUCCAGUGAGCCGACCCUUCUGGUCCAGUACCUGCUGGCUAACCUGACUGGAAACACCCCAAACAUCACGCAGAACGACUGCCAGAACCAGAGGGAGGACGAGAAGGACACAGAGAGCAAACAUAUGUACACCUACAUGUGGGUUCAAGGCACAGCGCCUCCCAACAGCACCAAGAGGGAUGGUUUCUGCGUCCGCUCCACCGUCCGUCUGUCUAAAGCACUUUCCCCAGCCUUCGACCUGCAAGAGUUCACCUCCAAAGAAUAUUCAACGUGGACAGAGUCCCGGUGGAAGACCAUCAAAGGACGCAUAUUCCUCGUGGCCAGUCAUGAACUGGAGAUGUUGACGUUGGGCGUGGGUGUCGGCAUCUUGAUCUCGUCCCUGCUCAUCACGUACAUCGUCAGCUCCAAGGCCGACAUGCUCUUCAGCGCGGGGAGGGAACCCGCAAACGCCACCUACUGAUCCCCCAACAGCAACCGCAGGCCCACGACCACUACUUCUACUACUUUUACUACUUGUACUACAACUACUACUCCUAUCCCGUACCAGACAUGGACCGUCCCCCUUCUCUUCAAAAACGCAGCACGUGCAGGUACACAGAAAGGUUAGACAGCAGCAGCAGCAGCAGAGAGCGGGGUUAUUUUUUUAAGACGACGACUCCAUGUUUGUGGACUCACUCGGGUGAGACGUGACAUGAGGACUGGACCGGCCUGGAUGGAUCUGGACUCAUUCAGGGUCAGAAAUCACUGGUCAGGCACCAGCAGGCCCUGCCAGUGGAAAAGAUGUUAAUAUUUCUUUUUAAGCUUUUUUUUUUUUUUUUUUUCCCCCUUUUUAUUGUCGAAGAAUGUUUUGUUUACCGUGUCACAGGAUAGACACUAAACAUGGAGCAUUAUUUGAGCAUUAAUUUAGCGGGCGUGUCUGAUUGUGAAUAUGUAUAUGUGAAUAAGUGUGUGAGCGUCUGACCGUGGGAUUCAGUGUGUACGGAAAUGAAGAGCGUGUGUGUAAAUGUGUGUGUGUGUGAGGAUUGCAAUGGUAUGUGCAAUACUGUAGCUGUCUUCUCUGUCAUUGUAGUUUAACUUAUCAAUCAGUUCUAAUGAUAAGAAACCACUUUUUUGAGUCGGUGAACAAGUAGUAACAUUUCAAAUUUUAAGGUUUUGCAAAUCCAGAAAUGUGUGGUGAAGUGUUUCGAUUGAACUGUUGGUUCUGGGAAGUUGACAACAACCUAAAUAUUUAUACUGUUCAGUCCCAGCACACAUAUGUUCACAGGUUUAUGUAGUGACAGACUCAACUCCAUUUCACAUAUUGUGAUAUUGGUGUGGAGGAGGAAAAGAAGAAGAAUUUCCCCCUUCAGAGUCUGGGGGGGGGGGCGGCUGACAAACACUUUUCUGCAUAUCGAUCAGCUGCCAAAAAAAAAAAAUCCAGUCAGAAAAUGUGUUUCUACAAAAAAAAAAGCGCUGGUACUCAGGCUGUGCACUCGUUUUUGUUUCGUACCAUUGUGACAAGGUUUCUUUUAACGAUAACUUCUGAAAAAUGUGGCAUCUUGCGAGAAGAUUUUCAAUUUUUGUGAAGGAGUGAUCAUUUGAUGGCUCAAAAUCAGCGACCAAUUGUGAUGCCUUGAUGAGGAAAUAAACAUGGCUUCUUUUCCAA